CCAAAUUUCCAUCAGUUUAUCUGCGCUCUACUCCUCAGGCCUGAUUCUCAACUGAUCGCUCCUCGCGACUGGUCCAGUCUGAUCUAAGAUGGCGGCGUAGGGCUCUGAGGUAACGCGGUUAUUCCAAGUCAACAUGUCUCUCCUCAGAGUGUGUUCCCUGGCCAAACGUGUCAGCCGCCGCAGCCUGUUUGAAAAAUGCGCUGUUCGCGUGUCUUUUGCGGACUGCUGCCGGAUGUGUGGGACGGGCAGAAACGGCGCCCUCAGACGGACACCAGGAACACUUUUAUACUUUCCGAUCAGAAAUAUUUCAUCAAUAAUCCCAAAGUCGGAGGAAGCAAAGAAGCGUGUACUUGAACAAUCUCAAUUAUUAGAUGUGUUAGAGGCCAGAAUCCAGCAACUCCAAACUGAUGUCGUUCUAGAUGUCCAGCAUUCAAAAGUGCAGUUUAUUAAAAGUCCUUCCUAUGGAAGAGGUGCCUCGUCUGGCAGGGCUCCCAGAGGCCCACCUCAGGAGAAAGCUGACAUUCCUAAAUCUGGACAAACUGCCAAAGGAGGGUCUAAGUCCCAAGCCAGUCGAUGGAUGGAAAAGUUGACUCAGGAGAAGAAAAAUAAACUAAAGAAACAGCAGCAUCUCGAGCAGAAAAUACAAAAAGGCGCCAAGGAGAAGGUGCCGGCCAAGUCUAAAGGUGCCAAGAAAAGCGUAAUGCCCCCUGGAACCACACAUAAAACUAUAUCUGCUCCUAAAACGAGCCGAGGGGGCAAGAAGGUGUCGGAGGAAAUCCCUGCUGCCGUUUCCUCAGCGGCCACCGUUGCCACAGCGGGGAAAGCAGCUGCUCCGCACAAGCCCUCCAAACAGAAGGGAAGGAACUCCAAAAACAAGGAUCCCGGUGAAGGAGGGGUGGCGCAGGGCCGGGCGGAGGAGCUGGCCAAGGUGGAGGAGCUGGAGAAGAGGCUCAAUCAGCAGGUCAGCCACUGGACGUCCUCCAGCUGCCCGGAGCGGCCGCAGGAGGGCGGCCGCACCACCGCCUGCGGGGAAAUGCUGCUCAGCAUCCACUCCUACCUGGAGGCCUGCGUGUUCGGCGGGGACAUCGAGCGGGCCCACCGCUUCCUCCUGAGUCAGCACCGGGUCAUGAGCCGCCGCAAAGUCCUGAACACCGACGUCUACAACAUCAUGAUGAGGGUCUGGGCCAAGAAGGGCACAUUAAAUCAGAUCGGCCGCAUCUUUAUUCUACUAGAAGAAGCUGGUCUGAAGCCCAAUUUGGGAUCGUACUGUGCUGCUCUGGAGUCUAUGGGCCGCAAUCCGAACUGCUCCCCAAAGGUCAUCUCCAGGUGCCUGAACCAGAUGGAGGAGGACGGCCUGUCUGUGGACAGCCUGUUCAGCAGCUGCGUGUUCCGGCAGGACGAGAGGGACAUGGUGCUGAAAGCCAUCCGCGCCGUGCACCCCGACUACCAGCCCCGCCCGGCUCCGCACGCCAGCCACAGCUCCUCGCCGUUGGUUCACGACUUCUACACACAGAGGGAACACCACACCUACCCUAAACUGGACUUCACCCGUGAGCAGCUGCAGGAGCGUUUUAAGCGUCAGCUCCACGUGGAGCAGGCCUGCACCGUCACCCUCGACUCGGUGGAGGGCAUCAAGCCCGUCACCGAGAACAUGGCAAAAAUGAGGGGGCUGCUGGCAGAGCAGCGAGCACAGUGGCAGAAGAUCCUCCUUCAAGCCCUGAGGGAGAGCAAAAUGAUCCUGGCCAACACCAACAGCAAGGACUACAGGCUUAACCUUUAUCCCUACCUCUGCCUGCUGGAGGAUCGGGAGUAUGUUGACAUUAUGAUCCAGAGUGUUGCCAACCUGCCUCCAAGUGGCGAGUCUCUGAAGAUUUUAGCUCGAGAUCUGGGGAACAGAGUCUACACCAAGUACUGUGUGCAACAGAAGCACCAGAAUCACACCGUGGACAAGCUGGAGAGAAUUUAUAACGCUUUCACUGACCUACUGGCCAAAGAUACCCAGGUGUAUAAUGUCCUCCCAAGUGAGCAGUGGUGUAACCUGGAGAUGGAGCAAAGCUCCGGCCCCACGCUGCAGGGGGGCGAAACAAGCUGGCCAUACAUGGUAACUCUGGAGCUGGGCACGUAUUUGGUGGAUUUGAUGGUGAAGAACCUCAAAAUCAACAGCGAUAUCCUGAACCCGGCCCCCGACAGGAAACUCAUCCCCAUCCUCUACCACAUGUACACCUUUCGCAGCACCCGGCAGGUCGGCUUCAUCAAGCCCCACCCCAUCCUGACGCAGAUGCAGCAGGAAGCUAUGGAGGCCAAGCUGACCUUCGACUCCUACGUGAUGCCCAUGCUGUGCCCGCCGGUGCCCUGGACCUCAGUCCGCUUCGGAGCCUACCUGCUGACCCCGGCCAAGCUGAUGCGCACCGUGGAAGGGGCCACCCAGCACGAGCAGCUGCUGGAGAAGUGCCAGGAUCUCCACGCCGUCUUCGACUCGCUGAACCAGCUGGGGAACUGCGCCUGGAGGAUUAAUAAGCCCCUGCUGGAUAUCAUCAUCUCAAUCUUCAACGACCGCGGCAGCGAAAAGCUGGACAUCCCCCCACCCAUGUCGGAGGCCCCCAGAAUACCCCACUUCAACCAGCACGACCCCGCCUACACUGCUACCGAACGGGCCCACAUGAAAAGAGAGGUGAUCAACGCCAAAAAGAAGAGCAGCGAGAUGCACAGCCUGCGAAUGGACGCCCUCUAUAAGCUCUCCAUUGCUAACCACAUUCGGGACGAGGUCUUCUGGUUCCCUCACAACAUGGACUUCAGGGGACGCACUUAUCCAUGCCCCCCCUACUUCAAUCACCUGGGAAGUGACGUUACCAGGGCAACGCUUGUGUUUGCAGAGGGGAAGCCCCUUGGUCCCAAAGGCCUGGACUGGCUAAAGAUCCACUUAGUCAAUCUGACGGGGUUAAAGAAGAGAAGCUCAUUACAGGGACGGCUGGAGUACGCCGACACCAUCAUGGAGGACAUUCUGGAUUCUGCCGACAACCCUCUUAAUGGGAAGAAGUGGUGGAUGAACGCGGACGAGCCGUGGCAGGCGCUGGCCUGCUGCAUGGAGAUAGCCAACGCAGUGAGGUCACCCGAUCCAACGCGGUUCAUCUCUCAUUUUCCUGUUCACCAGGACGGCUCCUGUAAUGGCCUCCAGCACUAUGCGGCUCUGGGCAGAGAUGUUAUCGGUGCCACAUCAGUCAACCUCAUGCCCUGUGAAGUGCCCCAGGACGUGUACAGCGGGGUGGCACAGCAGGUGGAGGAGCUGCGGGCUCGAGACGCUGAGAAUGGCCUGAAAAUCGCCCAGGUGCUGGAGGGCUUCAUCAGCAGGAAGGUGGUCAAGCAGACGGUGAUGACGGUGGUGUACGGGGUCACGCGCUACGGGGGCCGCCUCCAGAUAGAGAAAAGGCUGAAGGAGAUCGAUGAUUUCCCGAAGGACCAUAUUUGGGAUGCAUCUCAUUAUCUGGUGCGUCUGGUGUUCAGCGGCUUAAAGGAGAUGUUUACUGGGACCAGAGAGAUUCAGGACUGGCUGACGGAGAGCGCCAGGCUCAUCUCCAAGUCUGGCCACACUGUGGAGUGGGUGACACCCCUGGGCUUACCCGUCAUCCAGCCAUACCACCGAGCGCGCAACCAAGUGCUGAAGAGCUCCAUGCAACACAUAAACCUCCAGAUCAACCACGACGCUACAGAGAGGCCCGACACGGUCAAACAGAAGAACGCCUUCCCCCCCAACUUCAUCCACUCUCUGGACUCCACACACAUGAUGCUCACCUCUCUCUACUGCUACAGUGCCGGCCUGACAUUCGUCUCAGUUCAUGACUGUUUCUGGACCCACGCCCUCACCGUGGACACCAUGAAUAAGGUCUGCCGGGAGCAGUUUGUGGCCCUGCACAGUCAGCCGAUCCUGCAGGAGCUGUCCGACUUCCUGCUGAUGAAAUACUGCACCCCCAUCCCGACCGAAGCCAGGGGCAAGAAAUACCAGGAGUACAGGAGGCUGCUGCUGUUGCUGUCCAAAGUGCCCCAGACAGGUGAUUUUGAUCUCCGGCGGGUGAAAGAAUCCACCUACUUCUUCAGCUGAGGCUCCUGCGGGCGAGCCAGCAGAACCAGAUGAGAGGAAUUGACAGCGGGCAGCAGGAGGGCUGCCGGCCGCAGCGUCCCGUCGGCUCCGGCCUCCCACAGACUCCAGGACAUUGAUCCAGCCGCGCCACCCCCCCCCGCCUCCCGGCCCCGAACGGCUGGAGCUGCCGGGGGCGCCGGCACAGAAUGGGCCGGACUGAGCCCGAUAAGGGACUGAGGGAGAGCAGGCGGGGGUGCUCAACCAGCCGAAUCAGGAAGGGAAUCGGCAUCAGCAGCUCCUGUUAGCGAUGCUGUGAGCAGGUUCUGGUCUGAGAGUGUGUUUGGGUGUGUGUGUGUGUGUGUGUUUGUGUGUGGGUGUGUGCCUUAAUGAAUCAUGUGUGAACCGCGUUGAUCCGUCCAUCACCGAUUUACAUUUCUGCUGCUCAAACAAACAGACUUUUUACACGUCUGCUCUCACAAACUGUGAUGUGAACGACUGACCUCCAGGCAGCCAUGCCUCCCCCCACCCCACCGGUCCAAUCAACUACCACACACUUCAGCUUUUUCUGGAGAACUGCAAUAAAAGAGGAUUGUGAGAGGAAAUUAAAGACAUGCUUAAGUGAACAGGCAGUAUUCUCUUUUGAACUCUGAGAAUGAAACACUGAGUGAUGACUCGAGGUUUUCUCAGAGGGGUGCUCAUGAUUUUACUGUUUUCAAGCAGCUCAGCACUUGACUAUGACCUGUUAAUAAA